AUGUUACCGGAGGUCGUGACGUCCGCAGGCUUCCCGCCAUAUCCUGGGAUGUCGGCGUGUGGCGCGUCCGCAGGCCGGCGGGCCGUGAAGGUUUCCUGUUCGACUUGCGCCUCUGACGUGAAUUGGGUCGGCGAAGAAGAACGCGAGAGGGAGGAAGCACUCGUGCGCGUCUCCGUGUGCAAUCUAAACCAGUGGGCUCUCGACUUCGAUGGGAAUUUGGCUCGCGUCGUGAAAAGCAUCGAGCAGGCGAAGGCGGCCGGAUCCAAGCUGAGGAUCGGACCUGAACUGGAGCUGCCGGGCUACGGCUGCGAAGACCACUAUCUGGAAAAUGACACUUUGACGCACUCCUGGGAGUGCAUCGCGGAGAUCCUUGCCUCCGACCUCACAGACGGCAUCUUGUGCGACAUCGGCGCGCCGGCGCUUCACAAAUCGCUGCGCUACAACUGCCGCGUGUGGAUACUCAACCGGCGAAUCCUGCUCGUGCGUCCCAAGACCGUGAUGGCUGACGACCUGAACUACCGCGAGUCUCGCUACUUUGCGCGGUGGAACCGAGAGCUGGGGCAGCCCUUGGAGGAAUUCAAGAUCCCUCACUGCGUAACGAAAGUUACAGGACAAACCACGGCCCCGUUUGGUGUGGCUAUCUUGGAGUGCCUGAACACGACGCUGGCGAGCGAGUGCUGCGAAGAGCUGUGGGCGCCGUCUCCGCCCCAUGUUCGUUUGUUCCUGGAUGGAGGGGUGGAAAUCGUAUGCAACGGCAACGGGUCUCACUAUGAGAUGCAGAAAUUGGCGCGGCGCUACGAGCUCCUCCGCCAAAGCACGGUUCACGGCGGUGUCUACCUUUACAGCAACCAGAUUGGGUGCGAUGGCGGCCGCCUGUACUUUGACGGUUCGUCAAUGAUCUGCGUCAACGGAGAAUUCGUGGGACUCGGCAAGCAGUUCAGUCUCGACGACGUCGAGGUGGUGACGUCCACGAUUGAUCUCUCGGAUCUCCGAGCGCGGCGGGCUGCGUCCGCCACGCGCGCCCAGCAGCAGGGGUCGCUUUCUCUCCCAACGAUUCAUGUCGACUUCUCUCUCGCACCGUCUCCGCACUCGUUGCCCUUCUGCGAGUCGUCGGCUUCGUCUGCGGCGGCAGAGCGUUGCGCCGGUGGGGCUGAGCCACAGGAAGCGGGACGAGCCUCGACUCAGGCGCGCUCUUCGCGCCUGGUCGAUCUCACGCACGAGUGGAUAACGGCGUCGCCCGUAGUCGUCCCCAGACUUCUCUCGAGGGAAGAAGAGAUUGCGUGGGGCCCGGCGUGCUGGAUGUGGGACUACCUGCGCCGAUCGGGCGCGGGGGGCUUUUUCCUUCCCCUCUCGGGAGGCGCGGAUUCCUCCGCGGUCGCCACGGUGGUCGCGUUCAUGUGCCGCAUUGUCAUGGCGAGCGUGAAGCAGGGGAACCAGACCGUUGUCGAGGAGCUGGAGCGGAUCCUGGGGAAGCGAGUCACCGCUUCUGACUUUCCCGGAGAUGCGAAAGAGCUCUGUCACCAAAUCCUGCACACGUGCUACAUGGCGAGCAGCCAUUCGAGCGACCGAACCCGACAACUCGCCGCGCAGCUCGCGGAGCAGAUCGGGUCCUACCACCUCACGCUGAUGAUUGACUCCAUCACGUCGGCCUUCACGUCAGUUUUCUCCUCGGAAACCGGCUUUGUGCCGCGCUUUGCUGCCCAGGGCGGCUCUAUGACUGAGGACCUCGCUCUCCAGAAUAUCCAAGCACGCAGCCGCAUGGUGCUCGGCUACUUCAUGGCUCAGCUGCUGCCGCUUGUUCGCGGCGAGGUCUCCGAAGCCCAGGAUCAGGGCCGGAGUGCAGAGACACCCUUCGCCCGCGCCCCGCACGCGUACCGGCAAGGCAGAGCUCCCGGCAGACGCGGACGCGGCUACCUGCUCGUCUUGGGGACGGCGAACGUGGACGAAGGCCUGAGAGGAUAUUUCACCAAAUACGACGCAAGCAGCGCAGACCUAAAUCCAAUCGGGUCCAUCAGCAAACUCGACCUCAAACGCUUUCUCCAGUGGGCUGCGCAGCCGGAGAACCUCGGGUGCCCCGCUCUCCUGGAAGUGGUACAGAUGGCGCCGACCGCGGAGCUCCGGCCCCUCGAUCCCGAGGGCAAGAAGCAAACGGACGAAGAGGAGAUGGGCAUGACGUACGAGGAGCUCGGCUGGUUUGGGCGACUGCGGAAAAUCUCGCGCUGCGGCCCCCUGUCCAUGCUCAAACAUCUCCUUGGAGCGUGGCGCGACCGCUGCAGCCCAGCGACGAUCAACGAGAAAGUGCAGUUUUUCUUCCGCCAGUAUGCCCGCAACCGUCACAAGAUGUGCACCAUCACGCCAGCCAUGCACGUGGAAAGCCACAACCCCGACGACAACCGCUUUGACCUGCGGCCCUUCUUGUACCCCAGCUUCAGCCGCCAGUUUGCAGCGAUGAAUAGGCUCGUGUGCGCUUUGGAGCGCGCUUCGCAGGAGUGA